AUGCUUCGUUCUAUUUGCACAAAGAAUUCAAUCAAUUUUUCCGUCAUCGGAAGUACCGUCAAGGCUUCAUCAUUGGUCGUAAACAACACAAUGAGAAUGGAAUCAUCAUCGGUUAGGAUGUUUUCAACUCGUUCUAUUUUCAGAGCCGAUGAAAGCGGAUUUCAUGAUGAUUUUAAAACAGUGCGCAAGCCUCCACAACAGAAUAUGAAGGAAUUGUUUGAUCAAAAGAAACAAGAAGUGGAUAAAAUUGUACAUUCAAAUAAGGUUGUAUUAUUCAUGAAAGGUACACCUGAAAGACCUGAAUGUGGCUUCUCUGGAGCUGUUGUAAAGAUUCUCUCAUUAUACAAUGUCGAUUAUGUUUCAUACAACAUGAAUAAGGAUGUCGUGAUGAAGGAAGCAUUGAAAGAAUACAGUGACUGGCCAACCAUUCCUCAGUUAUUUGUUGAUGGCGAAUUAAUUGGUGGAAGCGAUAUUGUUUUAAAUCAUCAUAGAGAAGGUACUUUACAAGAAGUUCUUGAAGGAAAGAAGGAAUAA